UUCUUUCAGUACAACUAAAAAUACAUUCAUUAAUAAAGAACAAGAAUUUAGCUCUAAGAAACCAAGAGUGAAACUUUCAUAUAACCUUAUUACUACAAAGCAUUUAGCAACUCAACUGGUUGUCUCAAAUCUAAAAGACUAG